UUUUAGGCUCGUGGUCAUGGACGCCGAGAGGAUGUAAACAAAGAAGGGCGAAGAAAUUCAACCGAAGAAGAACCAAGCUACCACCACCACCACCACUACUACUACUACUACUACUACUACAACUACUACUACUACAAUGUCGGUCCAGAUUGAGAAGCGGCGGUAUGACUGCUCCGCCCUUCCGCGAGGGUGGAAGCGAGAGGAGGUCUUGCGGAGAACAGGGUUGACAUGUGGAAAGGUGGAUGUGUAUUACUAUAGUCCGAGCGGCAAGAAGUUCCGUAGCAAGCCCCAGUUGACCCGAUACCUGGGAGACACGGUUGACCUGUCCUCCUUCGACUUUCGCACGGGCAAGGUCAACCCCAUGCUGGCUCGGAAGAACAAGAAGCCCCGUGGAACACUCUUCGACUACAGCCGUGGUAUGCGAAAUGAUGCCUCCCUGGUCCCGCCCAUCCGCCAGACUGCCAGCAUCUUCAAGCAGCCCGUCACCGUGAUCAAGACCCAGCCCUCCAGCAAGGUCAAAGCGGACAUGAAGCACGGGUCACAGGACAAACCCAAGCAGCUCUUCUGGGAGAAACGCCUCCAAGGUCUCCAAGCUCUCGACGCACAAACCUCCGUGCUCCGAAACGUUGACCUGCCGGCCGCUCUGAAGGCUGUCGGGCCCAACGUAGAGGACCAGACAGUGCUGCAGAGCGUCGCCACAGCCCUCCACAUCUUCCCAGGGCCGAUCACAGGACAGACAGAGGCUCAACACUACUUAGAAAAGAAUCCAGGAGUGUUUUUGAACCCAACUCAGCCUCUGGUCAUAUCGGUUCAGAUCGAGAAUGAGGACAUCGCCAGGCAGGAGGAGAGGGUGGGCAUCGCAAGGCACCAGCUGGAGAAGGCACUGAGGGACCUCCAGCCAUAGUGCCAUACUGUUGAGGGGGGUCUUAGUGCCAAGUGGUGCCACACCCUCUCG